CAUUUAACUGCCACCUACUCCCAGGCCAUCCAUUCAGCCAUGAAGUCUCUGCUCCUGGUCUUUGCAGCCCUCAGAUUCCUAGCCGAGCUGGCCUCAGCUGACCGGGGUGGAACAAGACUUGCACAGAACGACCUGGGAGAGUGCAGUCUGAUAUGCAGCUGGAACGAGUGGCUGACACUUCUGUAUGACAGGGCAUCCGCCAGUGUGAGUCCUCCAAGAGCUAAUCCAAAGGUACAUGUAGACUGGCAGAAAUGCACGGAGGGGAGAACAUCCAUGAGACAAGUUCUGCUGAAUACCUCAUGGGCAGCCAUGGAAGAUCUGCACCACUGCCUGACAGCAGAAGCACGACGAUUGCCUCUGACAUUCCUACUUUUCCCUCAAGUUCCUUUUCAGCCCAGACCCUUCGGCAGUCGUAGCUGUCAGGCUGGGUCUCUGGUCACUCUGCUCUUCUAUCCUGCCUGUCAAAGGCCUCCUCUCCCUCCAGUUCCUUCCUUUUUAUGAGGCCAUUGUGCUCUCUCCCCACUUUUAGGCACAUCCUUACACUCACAGCCAGGUCAUCAGACAAUAACCUCUUGAGCUACAUCUUCAACUCCUUUUAUUUUGAAACUAAGUUGCCCAGGUGAGACUCAAAUUUAGGAUUCUCCUGCUUCCCCUCCCAAGUGCUGGGAUUAUAGGUGUGCACCACUGUGCCUGGCUUCCUCAGAUUUCUUUACCAUCAUAAAACCAUUUCUAAUAGCAAGAGACCCUAAAUGGAUAUACAAAGACGGGAUUAUAAAUAAUGCUAUUAGUUAGUUCUAAUUCUUCUGCUUUCUUCUCUUUCUACAGUAAACACAUUAUGGGAAAGUAAAGUCAUAUUCAAACACAAGCAUGAUAAUUAUAAAUCAUAUCAUAACUUAAACUGGCUAAAUAUUUUCCAAAUUUCUACUCAUUCCCUCACUCUCUGUAAGGAAAAGCUUAGGUCCCACAGGGCAAAGUGGACACAAAUGGCCCCAAAAUGUUUAGUGGUUUAUUCAUUCAUUGUGCUAUUUCAGAAAAUUAAGACUCAACAGAGAUCCAACCUAGGAGUGCAUCAGUGGACAAAUGGAUAAAGAAAAUGUGGUAUAAACACACAAUGGAAUAUUACUCACCCAUAAAAAUAAUGAAAUCCUGUCAUUUGCAGCAACAUGGAUGGAACUAGUAGACAUUAUGUUUAAUGAAAUAAGACAGGCACAGUAAAACAAAUACGGCAUGUUCUCUCUCAUAUGUGAAAGCUAAAAUACAUGGACCUGAAUGUAGAAUGAUUACUAGAAGCUGAGGAGGAGAUCAGGGAGAUUGGAUAACAGGUACCAAAACACGGAUAGAAGGAGUAAGAUCUGGUGUCCAGCACAAUGGGAUGACUAGAGUUCACAAUAACCUAUUCUAUAUUUUAUUAAGAACUAGAAGAGAAGAGGGGUGAGGCCAGGCAUGAUGGUGCAUGCCUGUAGUCCCAGCAUUCAGGAGGCUGAAGCAGGAGGAUCACC